UUUCAGCUUCUAACUUGAAAACUUACACGCCAUUAAACACAUCGUUUUAAUCCCUGCAAUUCAAUUGCUUUUUGUUCCUUCUUUCAGAUCACCAACCCCCUAAUCCAGAGCCCUGGUAACUGGUAACGAUGCUCGUCCCGGAUUAGGGCGCAUCGAAAUGGAAACCAUUGAAGCUCUGUUGCAUCAGUCAACCUCCCCCAACAGCAGUUCGUCCUCUCUCGGCGUCACCUUCAACCCCGUCACCAAUUUCGAUGACCUCAUCAAGGAUCAUCACCCCCACGUGCUAGCCCCGCUUCAGCCCACCAAAUACGGCACCACUCCCGAUGGGAACAGCAGCAACCCCCAAGACCCGACCAAAGCUGCCAUCGAUUUCAUUCCGCCACUGCCGGCCAGCAGCAUCGGUGGUGCUAGCAAGCAGCCACCUGUUAUCGUUGGGGUUGCGGUGAAGCGAACUCUUCGGAAAUCGGAAGAGCAGCCACCGCCGCAAGAUGCAUGGACUGGGGGUAGCAUGGGAGAGACCCUGGAGCGGUGGCACAGUGACAUCUUUGAUUGUCAUCCUCCUCCCUUGGCUGCGAAGGUGACGACGGCGGAUGGUGAUUGUAACAACAACGGCAGGCGCCAUGGGAAUCAGACCCAGAUUGGGGCGAUGAUGGAGCACGACGACAACGAUGUGGGCGAUUUGAUCGAUUUCAGUGCGGAGAUUGAGCCGGCUCCGGCUGUGGUCCUGGUGGGUGCUUCUUCUCAGGUGCCAACUUCGAAGCCGAAAGUGAAAAAAGUAACGUUCCUGUUGGAUGAUUUACUACUGGGGAGCGGCGGGCAGGACGAAGAUGGACAGCCAGAUGCACCCGAGGAAGCCGAGCGAAGCGAGGGGGAUGAAUUCGAGGAAGAUGAAAGCGAACGAUGUGUAACAAAAGAAGCAGCACAAGUCGUCGGCGGUGAAUGGGAUGUAAGUGAUCCGUUUCGAGUCCGCGAGGCAGGGUGGCGGCUGCCAGUAGUGCCAGGUGCGACGAAAGUGGGUGGUAAUGAAAUAUCAACAGAGACUAUGCAAACAGAUGACAUUGUUUCGCUCGUCGUUGAUCAGCAGCAGCAGCAGCACGUUGACAGUGUGCGAAAUGUGAUGACAAAAGGAAGCGCGAAGGCCCAGUGCGCAGGUCCGGAGCUGUUACAUGGUCAUGGUUCCGUCGACAACUGCCAGCAUCUCGUUCGACUAGAGGAACCGACUGGGUGGAUGAAUUCCGAUACACAGGCCUGGGGUGGGAGGAAAAUCGACGAAAUUCCAGAGGAAAGUGCAUGCGAGCAGAACGCAUGUGCAGAAACUGGCAACGCUGCUCCCGGUGGAGACUGGCGGCCGUCGUUGUCAGUUGGGGCACGUACGGGCAGUGAAUCGAUCGAUGCCAGCAGAAACGGGGGCGAGGGCAACAUUGUUGACGUUCAGGAUGUGCAGGAUGUUCUGCGGUGGCAGGGUGGCAGCACUGUCGUCGGGUCAGGUGUUCGGGUUGGCCGAAUCGCGUCCGAAGUGCCGUUCGCCGAGCCUCCGAGAAUCGAUGAAACGCAUUGGAGCCAACGGAGCCAGCAGCCAGUCGUCAAACAAGUAGAAAAUGUUGUAACGUCAGUACCUACUGGUAUUGAACAGCUGGAAUUUGGAUCCGAAAAUCUGCCAAAUCCAAGCCAAGCGUGUGAAAAAUCGAUCCAAGUUCCAUCGCCAUUGCACCGUUCGUCGGUUGGUACGGAAAAAAGUGGCCAUCGUGGGGUAAAAGAGGUCCACUUCAGUGAACGGGAAAAUUUCUAUCAAAAGGGCUCGGACAGUGAGAGUGAAAAUUAUUAUGGAACCUGUUCUCCGCCUCCGCCUCCAUUGGUGCCACCAACUGGGGUUCCUUCGUCGUACGGCCUAAAUGUGGAAGUUACCCUCAAUGCUCAUAUCAAUGUCCGUGGAUUAAGUGAAUUUAACUUUUUCUCGAAUUCGAGUGAUAGGCCUGGCGAGGAGUCCUCAUCUUCGGCGGAGGAAAAAAUUCUUAAGGAUAGUGCUACCAAUACCAUCAGCAACAGUGGAAGGAAUAACAAUAGUAACGUUACCCCAUCCAGUGCUGACAGUGGAAUUAUUAUUAUCGACGAUGACGUAGAUGAGUGUGGCUGUGAAAGUGCUUCGACGGAAACCCCAAUCUGUGAACCUCUGCUAGUAAUAGCGGAGGAUAAGCCCGAGAAGAAAUCUGUCGCACAGUGUCGAGAUCAGGAUACGCAGACUUUCAUUGGAAAUUUUCUGUCUCCAAAGAAGACCACCAGUGAAAUCAGUGUGCAAGUGUGUGAAAAUGGCGAUUCUGACCUACGGAAUAUCGAUAGCCUAGAUUCUAGUGUGAGUGAAUCGGAAAUAGACGAGCGGAAGGAUUUACGUUUCCUAACUAAAAAUACCGAUCAAUAUCUUCGUCCUCCGCUCAGUUUCCUCAGUGAGAAGCACGAGUGUUUCCAAGCCAGUACUCGGUUAAAGCGUCUGGAAGAACGUUUCAGAGGAUUUGCCUAUACGAAAAAGUUAUUACGUGAAUCAUUUAACUCGUUGACUGGGGGGCCACCGCAGAAUCUAUCGUCAUCCUUAAGCUCCCUGUCGACUUUGCUGGCAGAUUGUACCAACACAAACGCAGCAUCCGUGUCAUCAUCAGUGCCAGCAUCAUCGACCCCAUCGUUGACAGCAGCUGCCCGAGCAGAGCAAGAGCAAGAAGAACAAGAAUCACAUGCAGGCAGAAGUUUUGUGCCAUCACGAAAAACAUCAUCCUUAAGCUCACUACAAAAGGAUGCUUUCCCAACGCGAACCCAAUUAGGCCAUACCCUCGCUCCAAAACGCAACGUUCCUGUUCUUCCACCACUUUCCUCCUCACUACUUUCCCUCUCCGCAUCAUCCCUACUUUCUCUUUCCUGCAUCGAUCUCGAACGAAAACAACAACAGCAACCCUUGCAGGAUCCUCCAUCCUCACAACUCAGCCCUGAACAGUCCAACCAGAAGACCCCUGAACAAUCGCUGUCCAAAGCGUCUUCUCUGCCAUCUCUACUUCCCCAAUACAUCUUUCCUUCGCCACCCUCCAGACCACCACCUCGACCACCACAGCUACCCGAGGAACCCCCUCAUCCUCCCCCCAAACCCCUUCAUCUAGACCUCCGUCCAUCGAUCCCAACCCCGGAAUCGAGUAUCGAGUCCGAAGAAAUCUGUACCAUCUUCCCCGGUGGGAAACCUCGCAUCGAAGACCCCCUCGAAGUGGUAGAAACCGUGUUCAAAGAUUCCGAAGAAGAAGACUACGAAAUAAUCCCACCCCUCCCGCGAAGUGAAAGUGAAGAAACGCAAGAAUUCCUCAACCUCGAGAAGCUCCUGGCGGCUGAUCCGCACACCAACUGCGAGUUUGAUACGCGGCACCUAAACCAGUACGAACCGACGGUCUACCAGAUCCGCUAUUGCUACGAUGAGCUCGAGGAAGAGCUAGAAGCCGAAUCGGGCAGUGUCGGGGGAUUGCUGAUCGGACCCGAGCAGGACCGGUCCCAGCUCAGUGUGAGUGUCAGUGACGAAGACGGGUGCGAGUGUGUGAUCGAGGCGGUGCCCAUCUAUCGUACGCUGCCGAUCGAUAUGCGCGAAACGGCCGGCACCCUGCGGGGGCUGCUCAAGAAGCCGAACCGGCCGCCGCCGGUCCGCAAGAACCGGGUCGUGUUCGACGAGACGCGCAAUGAGUUCUUCGAGGCGGACUACAUCAUCCUGAUCCGGGAGGACUGCCCGUACGACGAGGAGGACGAGGAACCGUGCACCUGCGGGGAACACGAGCUCGUUAGAAUAUGUUGUGACGAAGGCUGCAACUGCGGGUACACGGACGACGGACGGACGCCACCGAGUCCCAAGUUUGCUCCACCCAUCGAGUUUGUCGAUCAGGCCACGCUGAGCCCUCCCGAGGGCUACAAGGACGGCAGUGGGCUGUUGGACAAUGCGCUCGGCGGCGCCCUCGGUGGGCACGUCUUCGGUGCACAACACAUUCAGCAGCUCCAAGUUAUCCAGCGGCUUCAGCAGCAACGGGCGGCCAUGUUGGCCGCUCGGGCUGCUGCCGGUCAGCAGGGACAACAAACGGGCGGCGGCACUCAGACCACCUCCCAAACUGGCACCGCCACUGGUACUGGUGGUGCCGGCGCCGGGGGAGGAAGUGUGGGUGGUGCUGGUGGUGGUGGCGGUAGUGGUGGGGCAGUACAAACAGCACAACAGCAGCAGCAACAACAACAACAACAACAGCAGACCGUUUGUACCGAAUGUGCCGAGUGUGCGGAAUGUGCCGCCAAGCAGUUGCAUGACGAAGAAUGCGACUCGCAAUGUUCGGACGAUAUUUCGCCGAUGAUGGAAGCACCGCUGCCCCCUCACGCAACCCUCCCGAUAGCGCUGGUUCCCCUGCAGAAGUCCUCGCCGGAGCGAAGGAUCACCCAGAAGGAAAUUAUCGCCGGCGAGGAACGGCCGAAGUUUCUCACCAUCAAGCAGGUGCAGGAUGCCUCGCAGGGUGGUGGUGAUGAUGAUGAUGAUAAGAGCCAGUCUUCGUCCAAAGCGCAAACCCAGCAGCGCUACAUCGUCGAAACCAUCACGAUGACGACCGUGACCGAGCGGAGAAUUAUUCAGAAAACCCAAACUGAUACCGAACCUCCUCCGGUUACUACCACUAUCAUUGCAGUGACGUCGGGCAACGAGACGGGUUCCACGGCGGUGCCGCCUUCAUCCGCCACCGGUGCCAACGCCAACGACCUCCGAGCCUUGCAACAGAAGCAACUAGCUCAACAGCAGAAGCCCGGAGAUGCUUCUGCGGCACAACAGCAACAACAGCAGCAGCAGUCAACCGCUAUCAAUAGUCAUUAUGAAAUAGGAAAACACAAACCAUUAAGUACGGCUCAGGCGAUAAGUGGCAUCCUGAAGGGUGGCAAACUGUGGAAGAACGAACACCAACAGCAGACGCAACACCAGCUGCAACAGCAGCAACAACACCAACAACAGCAACCCAAGUCGCAGCAGCAAUCCGCACAGCAGUCUCAACAGCAACUGCAGCAGCAACAGCAACAACAACAACAGCAACAGCACAAUCAACAAUCGAACCAGAACGAUGACUCAACGAACGUCACCUCGGACGAGGAAACCAGUUCGAAGCGGUCGGUCCGGUUCAACGAGGAAUCCACCAUCCGGGAGGCGUGCUGCGACGGCGAAGUUCAAUCCGGCCUAGGCGAAGGCGAAAUGGGCUCCGGAAAGCCCAUCAACUACAUGUCCGACACGCUCAAACGACACUCGUCCGGUCUGUUCCACAACGCGCUGCGGCCCAACUCGGCCGUCCGGCAGCUGUUCCCCAGUACGGUGGUGCACAUGUCCUCGACGGUCCCGCAGGCAGCCAUGGUGACCGCAACCACCACGAUGGCGACAGGUGCGAUGAUGGCCACGGUGAACACGACAAACGCUACCUUGGCCACGGCCGGCAAUCCAACGGCACUGACCCAGGAAGCGCUGAAGGCAUUCGACGACUCCAAGAAGGCCACUUUGGUCCAUCAGCACAGUAUCACCAGCAAUAGUAGCGGCCAGAAUAUCAACCCCAGCGGUUCGGUGGCGAAUUCGGCGGCGGGAGGAAGCCCUGGCGGUGGAAGUGGAGCCGGUGAAACCGAUACCAUUAGGAGGACGAUCGAAAGGAACGCUCUGCGCCGGUCGCUCAUAAAAUAUGAACCAAAGAAAAAGAUCCCCGUCAAGGACGUCACUUCGCUGGAGGAGCGCAUUCGGCAACUAACGUGUGACAUUGAUGAGCCAAUAGACGAAGGUGCCGACGGUGAACAUGGCCACGAUGGUGAUCUCAAUGAAAUGGAACGACGAGAUAGUCCAGCCGGAGAGGAGAACCCCCAACAACCGAAAUACAUUCCGGACAAGAGCUUCUCACCGAGUUCAUCGGCUUCCAGUUCCUCCAGCGGUUCUAACGGAUCAACGUACAAAAAGAUAACCGAUCUCUUCCACCGGGAUCGACGGCACGAGAAAAUUCCGGAAGCGGACGAGAACCCGAUUGUGAUUAUCCCGCAGGUUUGUCCAUCAGAAUCGGACUGUCGCUGUCCGGCUGGCCCAGACAUCGGAAUGGGAGUCCAAAUUCAGGGUGUUCACACGCAAAUCCAUCAGCCGCCUCAACAGCGCCAGGCUGACUCGCGAAGGCAGUUCCUGUCCACGCUGGCUCCCCUGACGGCAUGCGUUGCUGGUCAACGCGAUGAUCUGUCCUACUACACGCUAGCCCAACCCGGCGAUAGGAACUCGAUGGGAAGUUCACAGUGCACCGAGUACAGCUUGGGGGAUAUUGAUGCCGCUCUGCAUGACGACGACGGCAAGAAGGUAGCACCGGAUGUAAUUGCCGGAACGCCUGGUCAGGAAUCGGACGAGUUGGCAGCAUUUGUUCAGCAGGAAGGCGCUCGAACGGAACGACUGAAGAAACGGUACAGUGCGGAGACGUCCACUUCGGCGCCGGCUUCUGGCGCAGGUUCGGACGAUGACGAGCACAACGACUACGGAUUCAAUUCACGACCGACUGUGCGAGGCAUUAAACCAAGAUUUGGAUCGACGAAUGAAAUUCUGCAACAGAUGCAAGCUCAACUGGCGACACCGACGCCGCCUCAGUCAAAGUCUCAAACCAGUGCCGCACCAACGCAGCCCGUUCAAUCGAACACGCUUCCACGGCCUCACACGGCAAACAGUUUGCAACUGGCGGCGGCCAAGCAGCAGAUCACUACCCAUCAGCAUACCGCCUCAUGGAGUUACUAUCCCGUUGAAAGUGCCCAGACCAAGGCUGUGGCGGCAGUAGCUGCCGCAGCAACUGCCACUGGAACCAACAUGGUAACGGCCGUAGAUCCACAUGGCAACUACUACCACAUUCCAGCCCAAGCUCGUCACAGCUACCAUGGACAGGAGGCCAUCUAUCAGAACUGUGCUCAACUGCCCGCGGGCAAUAUACAGGCAAACACAGUUCACGUUCAGUCGCAGCAAAUUCACACGCAACAUCACGCUGUACAUACGGCUCAUCACAUACACCACGCCAAUCAAGCGGCCUACGGAAAGUUCGCGCGGAGUCCGACGCGCAGACCGGAGUCUCCACCACCACUGCGAAACUACCACCAAACGAUGGUUCUAAUACCGUACAACGCUGAAACGUACGAACGCUACACUGCACAGGAGCAGGAGAACUAUCGCCGGCAGCACAAUAUUGUUGAGUAUCAACAGGUUACCCAGCAAACCAUUCGGGUUCCAGUAGGCUACCCACUGCCUGGCAUGCAGCUGCACGUAGUCGCCGGCCGAGGAGCUCUGCCACCCCACUACUCCACCCUGCCACGGUUGGGUUCGAGCUCGAACACGUCCACGGUCGCCACCGCCACCUCCGGCGGCCCCAUUCCCAACCCCGCCCAAGGUAAACCACCGGCCUACACGCAGUACCCGGUAGACAAGGGAGGCGUCAAGUUCACCGAGCGAGGUGCCCCGGAGGGAGCGGCCAGCGUCCAACCAAACGACGUCAACAGUUUACUGUCGCCCACUUCGCAAGGCCACGGUCCACCGACAGCGGCAUCCGUCGGGCCUCCAGCUUCCGCUGCCAGCGCCGUCGCCUCUGCCCAGCAGCAGCAACAACAGCAGAGCACGGCAGCCGGUCCGGGACAGGAGGCCGUAUUCUACGCGAUGAACGUUUGACACGGCGAUUAGAUAAAUGUCACGAUACGAAUUGAGCCGAAGGGUGGCGCUGGUGGGGAGGAGGACGAUGAAGAUACGGUGAGUGUGAACAGCAACCAGAGCUGGCGAGCUGCUGCUGCUGCAGUAGAGUUAAGUGGCCUGGAGUAGUGACGAAACGAGGGCGAGAACAACGAUUCAUGUAUUUUUGAGGGGUUUGAUGUCGAGGAGAUGAAGUUGUAGAAAGUGAAAGCUGAGUGUGCGUGAUUGAGGUUAGGAAAUGCUCAAAAAUUCUAUUGCACGUGUAAUAUUUGUGUAUUCAGUAGAACUAGGAUAAGAUUGGCUAGAUGACCGAAGAUAAUUUACCAAAAACGGUUAAGAAUUUGGAGUUGAUUGUAUAUAUACCGUUAGAGACAGAGAGCAGAGGGUCGAUUUACGAGUAUUGAUCAAGAGUUUCAAUAUUAAACUAUCUCGGUUUGACUGAUGCAAUCAUCAUUCCGCUAAGAAAAAGCUCAACCACGAUUGAAUCACACCGAGCGAAUUUAACUGUUAAACAAAGCGUUAACAAAAAUGUUUAUUGAAGAACUGUUCUGAUAUUCUGUAGAAAAAGGCCUAUUCCGUAACAGGAAUGUAAAAGUUUUAUGUUUUGUUCUAGAACCUUAAAAUCUAAGUAUGUUUUCUUAAAUGGUGCUAUUCGGGCUUAUAAUUUCAAAAGUUCAACAAAGGCCAGUGACGAGUAAAACCACUGAUUGAUGCAGGAUUAAGUUACAAUAAUUUUUGUGUAUAUUAACUUCACAGCAUACAUAUAGAAAGUCUCAGAAUUUUAACGGCAUGCAAAGGUUAUCAGAGAAACCUAAAAAACUGGUUUGUAAACAAAGGGGCAGCCAUACCCUUUUAGCAAAAUUCGUUUCUUGAAGGAGAAGAAAUUCUCUAAAGAAUUUCCUGCGGUAAUAUUUGGAGCAGUUCGAGGAAGAAUGGUAGAUAAUUCCCUGCAUGAUUUUUAGAAGAAUUCCUAGGCAAACUCACGAAAAAAUUGAGGAAAUGCAUGGAGCAAUCCCUCGGUUUAUCUCUAACUAUUUUUUAAAGGAAUUUAUUGAAAAAUUACGAAAAAAUUUGUUUGGAAAUUUGUGCAGAAUUUCCUUGAGGAACCCCUGAAGGAAUUUCUGUGGAAAUUUGAGAAUUCCUGCAAAUCCCUACUAAAGAACUAAAGAACUUCUAGUGGUAAUCUGUGAAGAAAUACUUUCGGGAAUUUCACAUCGGUAAUUCCCGAGGGAUCUCUGUCAGAUCACUUGAAAAAAUUCCUAAAUAAACUCCUGUGUUAGGAAAUUGUCAUCUCGUAUUUUUGGAUAUUGUGGCUCCUCGUAUUUUCGCUCGCUCUAUCGCGACUUUGGCAUUCUUUCGCUUCUUUAUCAUUCUCCAGGCGUCAUCUGUGAUCCACUGCUUUUCCUUGGAUGCUUGGACCACAAAAAAUAUUCUAGCAGGAGGCGAUGAAACACCUUAUCAACAGUAGCUUUCAUUUCUUACAAUACAGUAGUGGUUUCCAUUUUCGAAUAGACCAUUAUUCUGAUCGUCUUGUUGGUGUCCUUGUUGACGUUGAUGUAUGCUUCAAGAUUAUACGGAGCGUGACAAUAUGGUCCACACAUGAUCGUCCGGUACGGAAUCCUGCUUGCUGCCGUCGGAAAGUUGCGUCAAUCUUCUCCUGGGUCUGGUUCACGAUCACUUUGCAGAGGACUUUGAAAACGAUGCACAGCAACAUGAUACCUCAUGAAUGAUUGAAUGCUGUCAGGUCACUCGUUUUGAGCACCUUUACUAAGACACUUUGCUUCCAGUCGACCGGAAAUGUCGCGGUGUCCCAUAUGUAGCAGAAUAAUUGAUGCAGCAGUUGUGUAGAUAAUAUGGGGUCAGCUUUGAUCAUCUCGGCUGAUAUGCGAUCGAUCCCCGGGGCCCUGUUCGAUUUCAUUGGCUGUUCCUAUCUCCUGCAAUGAUGGUGCUUCGGUGUUGUCACGGGUAAUGCGGUGAACCCUUUGCGGAUCAUGCUGAAGUGUUGGUGGCGUGGCCGACACUUGAAAAAGGUUUACAAAGUGCUUGAACCAGAGUUUCAACUGGUCAGCCGGGUCGGUCAAUAACUGUCCAGAUGUGUCUUCACGGAUAUCGUAGCAUUCAUCUUAGUCCCAUUAAGGCAACGUGAAACAUCAGAGAGGAAACGGAUGUAGCCGGUAUUUACGGCUUCCUCGCCUUCUUCGACUAGAGAGUCCACUCACGAUCUUUUGUUCCGCCUACAUGAACAGCAUUCCAAUACCUUCUCGAGAUAACGAAAAACGCUAACGGGCUACGGCUUUGGCUCCUCGAAUUUUCGCUCGCUCUAUUGAGACUUUGGCGUUCUUUCGCUCUUUUAUCAUUCUCCAGGCGUCAUCUGUGAUCCACUGCUUUUCCUUGGAUGCUUAGAUCACCAAAAUUAUUCUCGCAGCUGGCGAUGAAGGCGUUCUUCACGGCGCUUCAUUGAUCUCCUACGCUUCCAUCUUUUGGAAUAUCCGCAGCACGGUUCGUCGACGAAUCUAUGCUCAUCAAUACCUUACUUUAAAACUUACAACUACUUAUCUCUAAUUUCUCCAAAUAUAAUUUGUUAUUCUUAAUUUGCAUUUUCCUGAAUGUUUUAGAUUCUGAUGCAAUUGCUCUCGUUUGGAUCUUGUCUGCUUGGGAAUUGAUUCUUUCUAUAAUAGUUUCUAAGUCCCUCUGCUAUUUCCGGUCAAAAUUGGUUUUAGGCGGAAUUACUUAGUAGCUUCCAACG